AUGGCGUCCGUCAGCAUGGGGAAUGGCAAGGCCGUGCUUGCGCUUCUCGCCAUCGUCACCGUCAUCGCCGCGUGUCUCCUGCAGCCUGCCAAGUAUAUCUCCGGUGCAGCCAAGUCCGCCCUCUGCAUCAUUGCCCAGUUUGUUGCGCUGCACAGCGCACGAGUGGGUGGGUGCCUCAUCUCUGCCUUCCCUUUCCCCCCUUUCGCGCUGCGCUGUGCUGCAGACGACAUCUGCCAGUAUGUGCGCUGCCCUGCCAACUCCAUCGCAUGCAGCCCAACCACCGACGAUCGCUUGGCAGUGACGUGCCAGUGCUUCAAAGGCUACACUGCUGUCAGCAACACAUGCCAGCGUUCCGCUCACCUGCCGUCUCUCUCCUUGCCUGUGCUGCAGAACCCACGUGCGUCACUACAGGCUGCCCUGCCAACUCCGAGUGUGGCAAACGCACCGGAGGCAACGAAAUGGAGUGCAUGUGCAAGCCGGGCUACAGUGCAUUCCGUGGCAUCUGCAUCCCCACAGCAAAAUUCAACACCACCACAACACCUUCCAAUGACGUUUCAGAAGCUUUGA